GGAAGUGCCCCGGCCGAGAAACCGACAGGAAGGAUCCAAAGGCCGCGAAGGGAGUGGAUAGGAAUUUGAACUCUUGCAGGUUUGUGCUGGUGGCUCGACGCAAGAUCGGUCGGGGUCGUGGGUGCAGGUGAUGCCCGAGAAUUCGGCCUCCGCGACGCUGGACCGGUCGAUAGAGUGUCAGUUCGGACACCAGCAUGAGUCUGAGUGCGUAAGCUCGCGAGGCGAUUUGCUCUGCUCCUGCCGCAGCUCGAGGUACUGUGGGCAAUCGACGAAGAAUAGGCGUUGGGGCGAGCGGGGUGCAGGUCUCUAGGGUUUAAGGGUUUAGGGAGCGGUGGGGGUUUUGGGAAGGGUGAGGGUUGGGAAUUGACGCUGGGUGUUGGCAGGGCGGGAGCUGGUAAUGUCGGCCGUGGCCUUGCAGCGGCCGCUCUUGCAUCACUUGCACCUGCAAUCCCAUCUGCAGUUGGCUGUGUCUCCAUUCUGCAGGCCUCGGACUGUUGGCUCUAACAGUCGUUGCAACGUUUCGCGCCGUGGAGCAAUUCGAUUCUCAACAGGGUCCUCGUUUUGGGGCAACAGUGAGCAUCUGCUGCUGAAAGGAAAGCGCCUGGAGGGUUUUAUCGGACUAGAAGGACGAGCUGCCGGCGGACGAGGGCAUGUUUCUCUCCCCUGGGUCUGCACAAAUGCCGUGAAAAUUCCCAAAGUUUUGCAACGUGGAAUUAGAAAAUCUUCCUCGUUAGUCGUGGAGGAGGAUACGAAGACUGCAAUGGAACCCAAGGGCAGUAAUCGAAAGCGGCCCUCUCUGCAGCCCAAGCAGCUGGCAUUACGUACGUCUGGAACCCAUGGGAGCACAUUUAUCAGCUUCGUUCAGAUUCUUGGAACAGGAAUGGACACGAGGGAUACGUCUGCAUCUGUUCUUCUCUUCUUCGAUAAACGUCGAAUUGUCUUCAAUGCCGGAGAGGGUUUGCAACGGUUUUGCAUUGAGCAUAAAAUCAAGCUAUCCAAGCUAGACCACGUGUUUCUCACUCGUGUCUGCUCAGAAACCACCAGUGGUGUACCCGGUCUACUCUUAACUCUAUCCAAUACCGGAGAGAAUGGAAUGACGGUGAACAUGUGGGGUCCUUCGGAUUUGAAUUACCUUGUCGACGCUAUGCGCACCUUUAUUCCGAACUCUUCUGUCGUCCACGCCAAUAGCUUUGGUGGGGACUUAGAGCAGGCUACAGGUGAAGAUACUGUCAUGCUCCUUGAGGACGAGUGUGUAAAGAUCUCAGCUGUAAUUUUACGCCCUACUAAGCUGAAGACUGGUAGAAAUGGAACUGGAACAAGGGCAGAGGUGAUGGAUGUACGGGAAAGAAGCCCAAAAGGCACUGCAGAUACACAAGUUGCGGACAAGGCCGUGGCAAAUGCUCAAGGCUCCACUUUUCAAUCAGCUGAACCAUGGGAGCUGGGCUUUGAAACCAAUCCGAUUAGUCCUUCCGCAGAGAAGCCACCUCGUCUUGAGCCUCCUGUCAGUUCCGCAGGCGGAUCUGAAAACUUGCUCAAUGCAGGUAUGAAGCUGAUGCCAGAUUUUAGCAAUUCUUAUCCUCAAGAGAACAAUUCCCGUAAAGGCCCCAACGAUGUGGCCGUAGUCUAUAUAUGCGAGCUCCCAGAGGUUAUUGGCAAGUUUGAUCCUGCAAAGGCAAAAGCACUGGGUCUGCGACCAGGUCCAAAGUAUGGUCUUCUUCAGUCAGGAAAAGAAGUUAUGGCUGAUGACGAGAAGACUAAGAUAUCUCCGAGUGACGUCAUGGAUCCCUCUUCCCCGGGCCCUAUAUGUCUUGUUGUGGAUUGCCCAACGAUUGCUCACGUAUCGGCCCUAGUUACCGCAGCUGGUCUUCGGCGAUUUUAUUCUCCUACGUCAUCUGGAGGGAACGCAGGACAUGUAAAGAAUGUGACUUGUAUUAUACACAUUAGUCCCGGUUCAGUGACAAAAACGCCCGAAUAUCAACAAUGGAUGGCCCAGUUUGAUGGCACACACCAUUUGAUGGCAGGACAUGGAAUGGUGGCGAAAGUCUCACCUGUGCUGAAGUCAAGUUCUAGAGUGAUGGCAAAAUUGAAUUACAUAUGCCCACAAGUCUUUCCGAUUGCCGGGCUGCUACAAAACGAGAUGCUUACGGACGUCAUCCAAGAUGAGAGUACGAGCUUGGCGACAAUAUAUCCUGCCGAGAACCUUCUGAAGUACCGGUUACGUCCUCUGACUACAUCGGGUGUCGAUCGGUCGGGUAUACCGGAACGUCUUGACAUCAAGCAAGUGCAGACACAGCUUGUUACAGAUAUUCCAGAGAUAGUCGAAGCUUCCAAGCAUCUCGCAGAUCUUUGGAAACGUGCAGAAGACGAGAGUCCUCGUUCUCCUCUAAAAAAGAAGAGUAGGAAGUCUCGGAGUCCAUCACCCGUACGAGGAGCCAAAGCCAGUUCGGGAGAUGAUUUACCGGACUCCCUUGUGGGGUUGGGUCGCGAAGAGAUGGAAAUGGUUUUCUUAGGUACAGGCUCUUCUCAGCCGUCGAAGUACCGCAAUGUGAGUGCUAUUUACAUCCAUCUCUUCCAUCGAGGAGGCCUGCUGCUGGACUGCGGAGAGGGUACAUAUGCGCAACUCAAAAGAAGGUAUGGGGCUACGACAGCGGAUGAGGUUGUUGCGGGCUUGAAGAUGGUUUGGAUUUCGCACAUCCAUGCCGACCACCACACUGGUCUCGCCCGAAUACUAUCAGUGCGAAGGCAGCUGCUGGAAGAGCAAGGAAACUUCACACCAAUCCUCGUAAUCGGUCCAAAGCAGUUGAAGAGGUACUUGGACGCCUAUGAAAGGCUGGAGGACCUGGGAAUGGAGUUCCUCGACUGCUCUCAAACGACUUUCGAAGCCGAGAGUGCCGCAAGCAUGGCGUGGGACAGCGCUCCGGAAGGUCCCGCGAGUCAAGGAAGCGCAACGAAGACCACUACAGGACUUCUCAGACCCUCAGAGAAGCGGCCUGGACGAGGCCAACUUCGCAAUUUCUGGCUGCAAACGGGAUUCAACUUCCAGGCUGGCCUCGACGAGGGCGGUCGAGCGAAGCUGAAGGACACGCUGUCUUCACUGGGGCUCGCAUAUCUCGUCAGUGUGCCAGUCGUUCACUGCCCGCAUGCCUUCGGAGUUGUCCUAGUGGCUGAGAAAAGACCCAACGACGUCGGUGGGUUCCAACCAGGCUGGAAACUCGUGUACUCUGGGGACACGAGGCCGUGCAGGGCCCUCGUCGAGGCCUCCAGGGGUGCCACUGUUCUCAUACACGAGGCAACAUUCGAUGAUGCUAUGGAAGAGGAAGCCGUGGCUAAGAAUCACAGCAUGACCAAAGAGGCCAUCGAGACCGGUAUCACAGCAGGAGCGUACCGCACAGUUUUGACACAUUUCAGUCAACGUUAUCCCAAAAUUCCUGUGUUCAACGAGAGCUACAACGACCGGACCUGUAUUGCUUUCGAUAUGAUGAGUGCCAAUCUAGCAGACUUGCCGUUGCUUCCAAAGCUGCUCCCAGCGCUGAAAUUGCUCUUCAAAGAUGAUGCGAUUCCAGUCGACGAAGAUGCAGAAGAUGUGGUCGAACAGCAAUAGGCAUUCCACAUGUUGCAAUAAACUUCAUGUGUCAUCCAUUUUUUCAUGCAGAUAGGAGGUGUCUGCAGCGUAAUUUCAUUUUGUUCUAUGUUCACUUAAGGUGUAAAUUUUGUGUUAGAUGUUCCUACGAGGAAGAACAGAAUAUGUUGUUUAUCGUUGUGUAAAUCUGUGAUGAUGUUGGAUUUGACUUAUCCAAUUUCUGAGGAUUAUAAGCAUGCAGUUUUCGCAA